CAUUCACCGCAUCGUUCAAAUUUCUGCUAAUCUUGAUCGUGACUCCACCAAAAAGGUCACAACAACACUCAUCUCUGCCUCCCAUUCGCGAUGCGGUACUACGAACAAAAAUAUCCCGAGGUCGAUGAACUUGUCAUGGUACAGGUGCAGCACAUCGCUGAAAUGGGUGCCUACGUUCGGUUGCUCGAGUACGAUAAUACAGAGGGCAUGAUCCUACUUUCGGAGCUUUCUCGUCGUCGUAUCCGCUCAGUCCAAAAGCUUAUCCGUGUCGGCCGCAACGAAGUAGUCGUCGUCCUGCGUGUCGAUAACGAGAAAGGCUACAUCGAUCUAUCGAAGCGACGAGUUUCUCCUGAAGAUAUCACCCGCUGUGAGGAACGCUAUAUGAAGAGCAAGAGCGUUGCGAGCAUCCUUCGACAUGUUGCUAGCAAGCUUGGUGGCGAUCUCCCUGGAGAAAGGGAGAAGCGUGCGCGUAAAAAGGGGGUCGAGGAGGAAGCACCAGCACCUGUCGUUGAGGAUGCACCGGCUGUUGGUGGAGAGGCUGAACGCUUGGAGAUGCUUUACGAAACGAUCGCCUGGCCCUUGGGGCGUACUUACGGCCACCCCUACGAUGCUUUCAAGCUGGCCUUGACCGAGCCAGAGACUGUGUUCGGUUCUCUUGCAGCUCCGAUCCCCGAAGCCACCCUCACUCUCCUCACUACUACCAUCGCUCGCCGUCUGACCCCCCAGCCCAUCAAGUUGCGUGCAGAUAUCGAGUUGACGUGCUACACUCCUGCUGGGAUCGAUGCCAUCAAGCGGGCUCUGAGAGCAGGGGAAAAGGCAAGCACGGAUGCGGUCCCAAUCAAAGCAAAAUUGGUCGCCCCGCCGUUAUAUGUCUUGAGCACAAACGCCACCGACAAGUUCGCUGCAGUGGAACGUUUGGAACGCGCCAUCGAAGGCAUACAAUCCACCAUCGAAGAUGACGGAGGGAACUGUGUUGUCAAAAUGAAGCCCAAAGCUGUUUCCGAAUCGGACGAAGCCGAUCUGGCUCAACUCAUGGCCAAGGUUGGGCAAGAAAAUGCAGAGGUUUCUGGGGACGAAGACGACGAGCCAGAGCUGUAAAUGUAAUAUACAUGAUGUGCACAGUUGUAAUUGUGUUUCUGUAGAUAACGUCGGCAUUCUCAGGCAUCUCGCAAAGAACCAGCGGCAUUUUGAUCGCCUUCCGAAUUGGGAACUGAGAUUUUUUCUCUCUGUACCACGAACCGCUGCUGGGAUGCCUUCCAAAUCCAUAUUCCGGCAACCAGGAGCGAAACACUUUCAACUUGUACAUCGGUCCCAGCGUGAUCCUCUUAUCCACGAUCCGGACGCUAGCAAACACGUCCUCAAACCGUUCGAACGCGAUAAUGCACGGAAAGGAAAAACUCGUGCAGAUCUCGAGGCGGAGCUACCCAGUACCGAGCGAGCAAGAAAUUUGGGCGAAGCUGCUGCGUAUGGGAUCUACUACGAUGAUUCGGACUAUGACUAUAUGCAACAUCUGCGUCAAGUCGGCGUACAGGAGGACGGGGUCGAGAGCACGCUCCUGGAAGCUGUCCCUAGGAAAUCAAAAGUGAAGGGCAAGGGGGUGGCUCUGAAGGAUGACCUGCCGGAAGGGGUUCUAGCAUCCACGUCUGAGCUGCCGCGAACGUAUGAAUCCCAACAAGCCGUUCCGGCGAGCAUCGCUGGUUUCCAGCCUGACAUGGAUCCACAUCUGCGUCAAACUCUUGAGGCCCUCGAGGACGACGCUUUUGUCGAUGACGGUCUCGAUGAUGAUUUCUUUGGGGACUUAGUGGGCGAUGGGGAGAGAGGAAGCGAUGAAGAACUUGAAUUCGAAUUUGCUGAAGAAGGGGCGGAAGAUCAAGAGGACUACGAGGAGGAGGAUCUAGAUGAAUCUGCAGAUUGGGAGGCCAGAUUCUCGCAAUUCAAGAAGCGACAGGGAGCAGCAACCGGCAGCGAUGAUGGAGCCGAUGGUUCUGAAGGGGCAGACACUGUUGGUCAACUUCCCGAGAUGUCCGUGAUUGGAGGAAAGGGCAAGAGAAGAAGAAAAGGGACCAGUGAUGCUUCGGGCUACAGCAUGAGCAGUUCUUCAAUGUUCCGAAAUGAAGCUCUUCAAACGCUCGAUGAACGAUUUGAUCAGAUGAUACUCAAGCAGUACAAUUCGGAUGACGAGACAGAGCCUUCCGAGGAGGAUGAUCUCGAGGAUGACGACGACGACGACGCUCCUCAACUCAUAACGUCCAGGGACGAUUUUGAAUCGAUGAUGGACGAGUUCCUGGGCGAAUAUGAGAUCCUGGGUCGAAAAAUGAAGCCGAAGCUCGAUGGAGAAAGCGGAGCUGACAAACUAGAGACUCUCCGUCGCGCAAUGGGGCAAGAUGAGCGCGUGAGAAUCGAGCAGGAGGGCGAUUCUGAGGAAGAGGACAUCUUGAUGCCGCUCGACAUCGACGACCGAAACGACCGAUGGGACUGCGAGACGAUCCUCACAACGUAUUCCAAUCUCGAAAACCAUCCGCGUCUCAUUCGUGCACGAGACACCAGUGCACGCAAGAUUGCCUCGGUGCCAAAGAUUCUUCUGGACCCUCGUACUGGCCUUCCAUCCGUAGCAGUCUCGGAAAAGACACUCAAAUCCAGGACCGUUACGUUUGCUUCAGAUUCCGACUCGGAGGAGGAGGACCGACCGAAGGGUGUCACGGUCAAACGCGACAAAAACGAGUCUAAGGAGGACAAGAAGGCGCGCAAGGCUGCGGUCAAGGAGGAGAGACAGGCCAGGCGAGUUGAGAAGAAGGCGACCAAAGAGAUGUUUGGAUCGGAGUUGAAAACACAGAAAAAGACGAUAGGAAGUAAGGAGCAAAAGCUCAAGAGCUUGUAGUCGUUCCACGACCGAUGUGCCGUACAGCACACUGUUACUGCCUCUAUGUAACAAUUGACGAGCUGACGACGAUAGAGAAAUUUUCAUCAUGUAUAUAGUAACUAAUGUACUGAGACAAUGUGGAACUAUCAGUGCUUUCGACGAACUAAUACGUCCGUGUGAUAAUGGCACGUAUACCUAGGGAUUGGUUAGAAACGGUAGAAAAUUCGGUGAGAUAUGUCAGAGAUCUUGGUGGAAAAUGUAGUCUCAUAGGGUCGAGCCCUCUGAAGUAGCAAAUAUAAAGAUAUAACAUCAUGUCGAGUGAAAGAUCCUGGACCACAGAAAAGGGACUCACCAUUAGAACUAUCAUGGAUAAUGCAACCCCUCAACGAACGGCAUCUGAACGAGGAAUGUGAAGGAAGGAAGGAAAGAAGACAAACGUCAUGGUACGGAGUUGUAUGUGUUUAUGUACUAACUGCUAUGUGACGCCAUCAGUGACAGACGCGUUUGAUGCCAGUCACCUGCCAUCUCCAACUCAGACGCGAAUGGCGUCCACAGACGCGGCUCCAGGACAAGCCUCUCUCCAGCUCGUGACCGAAACCCUCGGAUUCUCUCCUCAAAUACUGCUCGACGGUAUCGUCAAUACCGCCAAUCAUGCUGUGGAAGAUGGCGUGAACGGUGUCGAAGACUACUUGCAGGAGAUACCCAGCCAGGCAGACAGCCUUGAGCAGGGCCUUGUCUCGUUCCAGACUCUACUGGAAUUCCACACCGAUCUCGCUUUCGACUACUUCGAACUGUGGGCGAAAAGAAACAUCUUUGCGAUUCCGUCAGACUUGCCGGUUGUUCUUCCCCACAACGAGAACAUCAACCUCACGCAUACCAUGGAGGAGGAGCAGGAAUUGUUCGAAGAGCUGAACCGGUUAAGGAACGAGCUUGAUGGAGUGCGGUUCGCCCUUCAAUAGCAUGGCAUCUCACUGAUAUCGUUUGCAUUUCUCCAGCAACGGCGAUUACGGAGGGAACUCAUGCAGGCUAAACGAAGGAAAACGAACGAGGUGGCGCGGCUCAGAAAGCUUUACGAUGAGCUCGCACCGUACGAAGCAAUGGGCGGAGCGGCAUCACUUCCUUCCGCGCUGAUUGAAAUGCAUAAAUCAGUAUCGAACCUCCCUGAACUCCAGCCUGCGACCAUCUCCGCCCUCUCACAAUUCAGGAGCACUGACGCGGGCACAAGACAGUGGGAAAUGGGCAAGACAGGAUAUUUGAAGUGGGCGACCACACAGCUUCUUGCCAAAGCUAAGGAGGAUGCCGCCGACGAGCUGCUGCCUGAUGUCGAGAAUGUGGAGAUAUUAUCGCUAGCAAGCGCGGCUAUGGAUGCAGUCACAAGAGACUUGUCUACAGUCCCCAUGCAAGAAGGCUGACCGCGGAGGAUUUACCAGCCUUGUAGGCCACCUACCCAUAUUUAACCAUGUCAAUCAAUGUAUGCAGUAUUGUAAUCCACCUCUGGAGUUCGGGAGCAACUUGCGGUUUACGAGCACCAGCUUGAAUUUGGCACGAAGCUUGAUGCGUGCAUCGCGGCCGACUGAAUGCUUAUUUCCAGUGGAGUGCCCACAACGUCGGAUAUGAAUUAGCGCCUGCGAUGGUCUGCUCCCGAUGCAAAUCGAACAAACGCUCCGGUGCACGGGAAAACCCAGGGAUAUGACUCUUGUAGAAGUCUUUGAAAUGAUUCGGUGGCGCCUGAAUUCGAUAUAUGGGUCUGGGGAGACUGUAUAAGGAUCCACAUGGAGUGUAAAAAGAAACCCGUACCCACUGCAUUAUCCUCCUAUUUAGACUUCUUAUCGGCCCUCACGUCUCGGUUCACAUCAUCCGCAGCACUCUGUAUGGCCUUAAGGACAGGUGGCAGCACACCCCAAAUGAGAACACCCAAGACAACGGCUGCGACGAACAGGAACGGAACGAGGCCAGCAGGUAGAGCGCCCAAAAGCAAAGGUUCUAGCGUAAGAGUAAACGGGACUGAUGUUGUUCCCGCCGCCGACAGCGCCACAUGGCCUGUCCAAACAGAAUAUGGCCAGAAGGGAACCAGUUGGGGUGUCCGAACGCCUGUGUCCACAGCCCGAAUCCGUGCAUAUCUUCUACGCGUUUCGGCCGAAGGAGAGGUGUUGUUUGUGCUGGACCAUAGACCUCGGACUGCCGCGGCUUCUUCUGGAGACAGAAUGUCGAUGAAAAAGUCUGUGGGGAAAGACGCGGCGUAUGAAAUUCGCAAUGUGUAUCUCGAAUGGGAAGAGUCGAGAUCGAGCGUGUACCACAGCUCAUGCGGGCAUGGUUCCGUAGAUUGAGUUACACAGAUUUGGGAGCGUGGAGUUCCGAGUUGUGCGGGUAGUAUCACCCAGUUCGCGGUGGAAGGUGCUGGGAGAAGUGGAGAGGGCGGAAGCGCUGGUACGUCCGACCGCGAAUCCGUGUGGAAGUUGACAAUUUCCGUGUUACCCCGCGACUUGAUGACGCAACUCAGGACGGCCAAUAGCGGGAGCAGCAGCUGCAUCCGGCGAGGGCAGUGUGGGGAGGAAGAGAGGGCGAUCACGGGGAGUCAAGUUAGGCAAACAACUUGCCCGAUUUGUAGGAUUUGGCAGUUUCGAUCAUUCCGCCGCGGCCAUUACUUGCACGGUUCUUUCAACCAGCCUCAAUGCAUUUUCCAGUAAACGGCCUUGACUGCUGACGCAUACAACCAUGAUGAGCCCUGGACGCCUGGACAGCGACACUCGCAUUUCCGGAUCUGGCUAUUGGCCCUUACGCUCUCUCAAACAAUUACCCGACUCUCAGGGAGCGCAAGUAUACGAAUCUGUUUCCUCUUGCGCAGUCGAUCCUAUACAGAGCCUGGCCGCCGUACUGAGAAAGUGUUUCAGAUCAGGAGCAGCAACCCGACUGCAGCUCGAAUAAUCAUGAACGGUCCUUCACGGAGCUUGAGACUACCGAUGAGCUGCUGA